UGAAAAUUCAUCUUUGUAGGACUGGACCGUCGAUCCAUGAGUUUCAGCAACGACAAAAGCUGGACCAUUGUAUUCUUUGGUGGAGUGAUGCCUAUCUAUCAAUCGCCGCUUGACUUAGGUUUUGAUCAAUUGCCUUGGCGCAAUGGUAAGGGUGCUCCAUUGGGACUUGGAUGUCACGGGUUUGUGUUGCAGAAACAGCCUCUUUCUGCCGCUGCGUACAUCCGACCCUCCCCAAGACUCCGCACCUCGUGCACUGACAUGCAGAUGCAUCGGCGGAUUAUGUACAGCCUUGCUUUCUUCUCCUUCAAAAUGCUCCUUCCUGGUACUGGUGUUCGGACUUGUGUUUGCCGGGAAGAAGCAUUGGCUUCCAUGGACUUAUAGUUCUCUUUCUUAGGUUUUCCCAACUGUGCUACAAUCCCUUGUGCUCUCUCUGUCUCUCAGUGAACCAGGGGCCUGGUUUCCUGCUUCCAAAUGGAUUAUUCUGCAGCCCUAGCAUAUGAAACGGACUUCCAGGUUUGUUGUCUCCUGAACCUACUGUACCACUUCCAGGAUUUAUUACGAAAAAGACAAGGGGCAUAUGGC